AUGUUCUUGCACAUCGCGCACGCGAGCAUGUGCCGGGCCAAGAGUCGGACAAGAAGAAAAAGAAAAAAACGCAAAAAGGGAGAGGCCAAGUUGAACCCGCGGGUGAUGGACGACAAGAAAGACCUCCUGAGGUACUUCUUCGGCUGCCGGAGGGCAAUGGCAGACACCAAGGUCUUGGCCAUCGCUGACGACGAGUCGCGAGUCGGCGGCAAGGAGCGGCUCAUGCUCUGUGGGAUGAGCGAGCAGGGCAUCGCCUGCUGGGCGCCGCCUCAGGAGAUCCGCGACAUGAAGAUCAGAGUCGCCCAACCUGGGGAGCCAGUCGAUCAGGCGGACAAGGACAUCUGGAAGGAGCGAGCUCGUCGCUUCCUGAAGAGAGAGGCUGGCAGACAGCAGGAACUGGAAGACACUGCGGUUGUGCGCAAGCGGCUCCGACCUCCGAGUCGACUGCCUUCCUUUGACCUCUUGCUCGCGAAGAACAAUGCUCUGUCGUGCAUCACUGGGAAUGGCCUGGACGCGUAUGUGCCCAAGGAGUCGGAACUUCGGUCCUUGGAAGAUCCUCUGCACAGUAUGUGGAAGUCGUUGCUGAACGGCAUCAAGGAAGCGCAACUCUACUCUGCCGUGAAGUGGUGGGCAGAAAUUACAGAAGCUUGGACGGAGUUUGUUGCGACAGCGGACAAGCGAGAUCCGCUGGUGUGUGCCACUCUCAACCGCAUGAGUCGCUUCAACGUCGACCAUGGAAUCAGGCCCGAUGAGUUCAUGAGCGACAUGGCGGCUGCCAACAGCAGUUUUCUGCAUCGCAGAGGUGAGUCGGUCCAGCCGAGUCGCUGGUUUACUUGGCAAGAUUCGAUUAUGAAAAGGCUGGAGAACCCUGCAGAUCUUCACCUGCAGUACCUGGUCUUGUUGUUCCAUGGCAUUUCCAUGGGCUACUUGGCUCUUGUUUGCGAAAUUCAUCAUAAGCAGGACUGA